AUGUCUUCUUCAUCAGCUUCAUCGUCGGGUGGCGUUGGAAUUAAAGCCAUUGUGGUUGGAUCUACUGGCUUGAUUGGAAAGAAUCUUGUGCGUUUACUUUCCCAACAAGAUCCUAACGUGUAUUCAAAAAUUGUGGCCAUUUCUAGACGAAAGGAAAAUCCAUUCAAUUUUCCAAAUUCAACCGUUCCGAUUGAUCAUGUUUGUUUGGAUAAUUUAGAUCAUUUGAAUAGUAUUGAAAAUGUAUUUGAUGGAGUGGAUGAGGCUUAUUGUUGUCUCGGAACAACUAUUAAAGCGGUAGGAAACGAUAAGACGAAAUUCCGUCAUGUCGAUUAUGAUUAUCCAGAGUCAUUUGCUUCAUUGGUGUAUUCAAAAUUUGCCAACAAUUUAACAUCAUCUUCACCAAAUAACAUCAAACAAUUCUUUUUGGUGACUGCAGUUGGUGCCGACAGCAAAUCCAUGUUUUUUUAUAAUCAAGUGAAAGGCGACAUUGAGAGAGCAUGUGCCAAGAAACAAUUGGAUUUUGUUGAAUCGUACAAGAAUAAUAAUUCUGGAUCUUCCUCCAUUCCUACCUAUUGUCACAUCAUUAAACCUGGUUUAUUAAUUGGAGAGCGUGAGAAUGAACAGCGAUUUGGAGAGCGUGUUGCUCAGAAUUUGAAUAAUGCACUCGAUUGGAUGCUACCAAGAAGUUGGAGUGGAGUGAAGGGAGAAGAUGUUGCCAAGGCCAUGAUUCAAAUUGCUCAAGUCACUCGAAGUCAAAAACAAUUAGACAUUUUGAAAGAACGUGACAAUCACAACACCAUUGGCGACGUCUCUAAGGACGACCGAUUUGCAAAACACAUUUUCGCUCACGGCAAUGCCACCCUUAAAGAUUAUGCUCAAGACUAUGACAAGCAACGAGAACAGAAAAAUUAA